CGUCGGUGCUGGUCAAGAUGGCUUCUCAGCAACAACAACCCGGCGGGCCGAUGUCUCAGCCCGGAUUACAACAGCCCACUUCCAUUCAACAACAGCAGCAGCAGUUGAGUCAACAGCAAGACUUUGAUCCAGUUCAUAGAUUUAAGAUGCUCAUUCCACAGCUGAAGGAGAGUCUGCAGAAUGUCAUGAAGAUUGCAUCCUUGAAUUUAGCCCAUAACACGGCCAUUGACAACGGAAUCAAAAGCAGCGACGCCUCUGUUCAGCGCUUCGACAAAAGCCUGGAGGAGUUUUAUGCCCUUUGUGAUCAACUGGAGCUGUGUUUGAGGCUGGCGUAUGAGUGCCUUUCUCAGAGCAUUGACAGUGCCAAACACUCACCCAACCUGGUCCCAACAGCCACCAAGCCAGACACAGUGCAGACAGAAUCCAUGUCUUACGCCCAGUACCUCGGUAUGAUCAAGUCUCAGAUCUCCUGCGCCAAAGAUAUCCACAAUGCUUUGCUGGAGUGUUCCAAGAAGAUCGCAGGAAAGGGACAGCCUCAGGGACUCAUGUAGACCUGCACUGACUGUUCCGACUCUUCUCUGAAUCUGAUGACUGUUUUGAGAAAGAUGAUGGAUUUCAUAUUUGGGGCUUUCCCAUGUUCAGAUCUCAGUUUUGCGCUACUUUGCUCAAGAUGCUGUUUCAUUUCUCAAGAUCUUGUGUAUUUAGUUUUGAUUUUUUUUUUAAUUUAUGUUUCUUUGUAAGUGCUGUGUAAAUAUUCCAGACAAAAAGUCAUGUUCUGAGAUGACCAGCAGGUGGUGGCAGAGCUGUACUUGCCACCUCGAUAUUCACAGGUCUUUUGUAGCUUAUUUGUAUUGAACAUUAAAACCUUUCUACAGAUA